AUGAACCCACAUGACCGUCUGAGUAACCUGUACCUGGCGAACUUCAUUGAUCAUGGGUCCAACUACUGCCGUGUUUUUCUAACCAAGUCUAAGGGCGUUGCUGCGCUCAAGUUUAAGCAUUUCUCGUAUAAUUCGAAUGUGAGUUUAAAUUGCAAGAUCCAUGUGCUGCGCAUGAAUGGAGGCGGGGAGUACAAGAAUCUGGACGUGUUUUGCAAGGAAACUGGGGUCUCUCGUCAAGUCAGAGAAGCCAGAAAAUAA